AUUUUUAGCAAGCUAGAGGGGGAGAGAUAAGUAAUGGAGCGACUGAGUAAAAUAAAAGAGCGCCAAUUAGUGUUGGAUAAGGAAGAUUUUAAGGAAGAACAAGUGAUUCGGACUGAAGACCAGAGGAAAGGUAUGAAGAACAGUCAGCUAAUUUAUGAAGAAACCAAGAAGAAUAAUAAUCAAGAAGACCGUGAAAGACCAAGAUUUCAGGAAAGCACUUUGGAUAGUGAAGUGGAUUUUAGGAAUAGGAUGGAAUGUGAAGAGGAGACUAAAAUUGAAAAGAUUCAGAUGAUUAAGAUUUCUUACUUUAAGCUCAUUCUAGUCAUGCUUCCUCUGAUAUUCUUGAGUUUUGGAUUAAUACUCCUUCUCUUAUAUUGGUUCAUACCAUUGAGAAAGUUAUUAUUAUUUUCGAAAGUAUGACAGCUGGAUAAAGCUACUCAUUUGUAUAUCUCUGAUUGCAAGGGUGAAACAGAGAUUGUAAAGCUCAUAAAGGAAUAUAACCAUCAAAACUUGAAAAGAAAUAAUUUGUACAUUGAGCAACAAGAUGAAGACUUAGAAGGAAGAAAAUGCUGGUUUGUCUUCAGAUUAACUAAGUAUUACUACAACCAAGUUAAUAGAGCAUUCUUUCCUGCUGAAUUUGACUAUAAAAAGACUUUCUCUGAUCUUAUCAGCACCUACUCAAGAGGAAUAAAUGAAGGAGAGGAGCAUUUAGAAGCUCUGGAAAAAUAUGGAAAUUGAAGUAUUGAGCUUCCUGAUAAAGGAAUCUUCACUUUAUUUGUAGAAGGGGUCUUCUCUCCAUUUUAUAUUUUUCAAUUUUUCAGCUUUACGAUAUGGCUUUUCGAUAAUUACGCCUUUUAUGCUACUUUGAUGAUCAUUAUUUCUAUCGUUUCGAUAUCGCUGGAAUUGUAUGAGCUCAGGAAAAAUUUCAAUAAUCUUAAGAAAAUGGCUCAUUAUGAAUGUCAUGUGACUGUGAAAAGAAUUGAUCAUGAUGGAAACACAAUAAGAAAACUCAUUUCAAGCAACUUUAUAGUCCCUGGUGAUGUCAUUAAUGUUCCUGAAAAUAUGAAAAUGCCUUGAGAUGCGAUUCAGCUGACAGGAUCAAGUAUCACAAACGAGUCAAUGCUAACAGGCGAGUCUGUGCCUGUUAUUAAGAAUCCGCUCCCAAUAUUGGAUACCGAAAUUUACACUCCAGAGGAACACAAAAAUUACACUCUGUUCUCAGGGACAGAAGUAAUUCAGAAUAGAAAGCUUGGUGAGGAAGAAGUAACAGCACUAGUAAUUGGCACGAACUUCAACACAAUGAAAGGAUCAUUAGUAAAAUCUAUCCUGUAUCCGAAGCCAAGCAGGUUCAACUUCUUUGCAGAUAGUCUGAAAUUUAUUGGAAUUUUGUCAAUUUUUGGCAUCCUUGGGUUUUUGAUAACACUUCGUACUUCUCUUGAGUACUUAUCAACAUAUACAACAGUCUUAAAAGGCUUAGAAUUGAUCACAACUUCAGUGCCUCCCAUCCUCCCAUCAGCAAUGAGUGUUGGGAUCUUAUUUGCAGUGAGUAGGCUCAGGAAACAAAAAAUUUAUAGUAUCGAUCCAAAGAGAAUCGAUGUAGCUGGUAGAGUCAAAACUAUCGUAUUUGACAAAACCGGCACUUUGACAGAAGACUCCUUGAAAUUUUCAAGUAUUGUUUGUGCUGGCAAGCAAAAGUUUUCUAACGAAAUCACUGAUGCUACAAGUCUGGGAAACUCCUUAAAGAAUGACUCCCACAAUCCUGUAGACAUUGGGGAUAAUGAUGUUGAGUCGAAAGUACUAGAAUGUAUGAUUACUUGCCACUCAGUAGCCCAGCUUGAUGGCCAGUUUAUUGGAGAUCCACUAGAUAUUGAGAUGUUUAAAGCAACAAAAUGGAAAAUUUGUGAGAAACAGAGUGUUGGGAAAAACAAUAUUGUUGAACUUGCCCAUUUUGAACCAGAAAAUCAUCAACAAGAAGAUAUGAAGCUUGAAGGCUUAGUCAAAAGUCCAACAGCAUUCCCAUCUCCUAUAAAAACUAUGAGAAAAUCAUCUAAUUUAUUUAAUAGCUCAUCUUGCUCAUUUAGCAUUGUGAAAAGGUUUGAAUUCACAAGUAGUUUGCAAAGAAUGAGUGUUAUAUCCUUAAACAAAUUAACAGUCUCUUAUACUAUUUUUGUCAAAGGAUCUCCAGAAAUGAUUCAUAACCUAAGCUAUAAGGAAUCUAUUCCUGAAGAUUAUGAUAAAGUUCUUGAGAAAUAUACAAGAGAUGGCCUCCGAGUUCUCGCUCUUGCUUUCAAGAUUGUACCUGACUUGGAUCAGAAUUGGAUAAAUGAAUGUAAAAGAGAAGAAAUUGAGCAAAAUUUAUGAUUUAUUGGCUUCUUGAUUAUGGAAAAUGAGAUAAAGAAAGAAACAAUCCCGAGUAUUGUGAAGCUUCAGAAUGCCCAAAUUGACACCCUCAUGGCUACUGGAGAUAAUGGACUUACAGCUGUAGCUGUCGGCCGCAACUGUCAUAUCAUUAACAGGGAAAAAGAGUGUUAUUUUGCAGAUCUAGUAAAACUCCAAAAGAACUCAUACGGGAUCAAAUGGACUUGUUUUGAUAGAAAAGUAUUAACUGAGCAAGCCCAAAAGUGUUCUUUUCCUGUAUGUUCUAAAGAGAUUUCAUCUACUGAGGCAUUCAGAAAAGAGGCAAGCAUCAAAAAUAAUGAUGUGGAAUUCACAGACAGUUUGCAAAACGAGAAGAAAAGUCUCCUCCAAAAGGCUCCUUGGGAGGAAUCUGGGGAUAGAAAAGUUAUUAAGAAUUACAACAUUGCUAUUUCUGGCAAUGCAUUUGAAUUCAUGAUGCAAUCAAUUAAGGAAGAUUCAACUGAAGAUGAGGCUAAGAUAAUCUAUAAGGAUAUAAUUGCUCAAGCUAAGAUCUAUGCAAGAAUGUCACCUGAUCAUAAAGCAUUGCUUGUGGAACAUCUUCAAGAUAAUUCUAAAUAUAUGAUCUCAAUGUGAGGAGAUGGUGCAAAUGAUUGAAAAGCCCUAAAAACAUCUGAUGUGGGCUUAUCUCUAUCAGAGGCUGAAGCUUCAAUAGCUGCUCCUUUUACCUCUAAAAUAUCGAAUAUAAGCUCUAUGAUAGAACUGCUAAUAGAAGGAAGAGCUUCCAUUGUUUCAAGCUUUACUAUGUUCAAGUUCAUAGUCUUGUAUUCAAUAAUACAAACUAUUUCUGUUACAAUAUUAUAUGGAAUAAGUACAGAUUUAGGAGACUGGCAAUACCUCUAUAUUGAUCUAUUCAUCCUGACUCAGGUUAUAAUCCAUAUGCCAAGAACAGGCUCUUUGCCUGAACUAUCGAACCAUGUCCCAUUGAGUAACUUAACAAGUAUUGAGAAUCUUAUGAGUGUGGUAUCUCAGAUUUUCAUUCAGGGAAUUUUCCAGCUCAGCCUUCUCUUUAUCCUCCAAGCCCAAGAAUGGUACAUCCCUUUGAAGAAGAAUAAUAAUAAGGUCUAUAAUGGGUAUGAAAACACAAGCAUAUUCUUAUUUUCAUGCUCUCAGUACUUAAUUACAGCUCUUGUGUAUAACAAAGGGAAGCCAUUCAGAAAGCCAAUGUGGACCAAUUGGGGACUACUAUCAAGUUUUGUCAUCAUAACCGUUGUGAAUUGGGGUGUUUUGAUAAUGUUCCCUCCAUCAAUAGCAUCAAAAAUUUUAGAUUUAAAGGAAAUUAAUCUCAGCUGGAAGCUCAUUUUGAUAGGAUAUUCUAUCUGAAAUCUCUUGGUCAGUUGUCUUUGAGAAAGAAUCUUGGAUUGAGUUAAUCAAAGAAUUCAUGCCAAAAGAGAAUUUACAAAUUAAUGCCUUGUGAAGACAUGUUAGAUUGCUCAAUUUAA